AUGGCUUAUUACUUAUAGAAGAGAUCAUAAUAAAAAAUAAGAGAUUAUGUAAUUUAAUUAUUAAAAUAUUUUAGUGGAGGUGGAUAUUACAGCAAUUAAGGUUUAAAGGUUGGUUAUUGGACAGAUUUGUGUAAUUGUUUCUACCUGUAUUAAAUAUAUUAGAUAUUUAUGAUAUUAGUUACAAUGAGAUAAUUUAUUAAGGGUAUUAUAGAAAUGGGUUGAAGAAUGGUUUUUGGGAAAUAAAAAAUAGGAGAGAUAAUAUUGAAUAUUUUGAGAGAAUGUAAGAAUAUAAUAUUUUAAUGAUUAGAGGAGGUGGAUUUUAUGAUGAAUAAGGAAGAAAAAAUGGGGAAUGGAUAGAUUUGACAGACAAUUUCUAUCAGUAUAAAUUUAUACAUAAAAUAUAAUAUUUAAUUAGGAACAUUACUUAUUGUGGCAUAUAUUAAAAUGGUUAAAGGAUUGGUAAAUGGGAAAUUAAUCAUAGGAAUGGCAUUGAUAAACCAAAUAUUAUAUAGUAAACACUUAAUUAUAUAUUUAAGUGGUGUAGGAUAGUAUGAUGACAAUGGUUUUAAGAAUAAUAAAUGGAUAGAUUUAAGUGAUAAGUUCUAUUUGUAGUUUUAUUUGAGAAAUUAUUGAUAGAUAAAUUACAUAUGAUGGUGAAUAUCAAAAUGGUAAAAAGAUUGGCUUAUGGAAUACUAAUUAUAGUAGAACAAAAGUUGAACCACCUGAAAUAAUGUAAUUAUACAAUCUAAAUAUUUCUAGAGGAGGGGGAUAAUAUGAUGAUUAGAUGUUGAAAAAUGGUAAAUGGAUUGAAUUAAGCGAUAAUUUUUGGGAGUAAUUAUAUUUUACAAACUAUUAGAUAUUGUUAAGUUUCUUAUAAUGGGAUUUAUAAUAAUGGUAAAAAGUUUGGUUAAUGGAAUAUAAAUUAUAGAGAAAAUGGAUAGAUUAAAUUUUAUAAAAUGUUUGAAAUUUAUAUUUAAAUUACUUAAGUGGUGGAGGUAUCUACUAACAAUAAAGUUUGAAAGAUGGGGAAUGGGUUGAAAUAAGUGAUCAUUUUCAGGAGUACUAAAUAUUUCAUUCUUACAUAUUAGAGAUCGUUAAGUAGUAUAUAUAGGUGAAUAUAAAACUGGUUUAAAAUUUGGUAGAUGGAAUACCCUUUACAGGAAAAAUUCUGAAAACCCAUUUUAACAUAUGUAAUAAUUAAUAUAACGAUCUUAGAGGAGGUGGAUCAUAUGACAAUAAUGGGUUAUAAAUAGGUAAAUGGAUUGAAUUAAGUCAAAAUUUCUAAGAGUAUAUAAAAUUUUGUGAAAGUGUAGAAAUUUGUAAAUCUUCUACAAAGGGGAGUUUAUAAAAGGUUAAAAGAUUGGAUUAUGGGACACUAUUUAUAGAAAAAAGAAGGAUGGUUAAUUAGAAUUAAUGUAAAUUAAACUCAAUACCCUUAGUGAAUAUGGAUUAUAUGAUUACAUUGGUUAAAAAAAUGGAAAAUGGGUUGAGUUGAAUUUUGAUUUCUAAGAGGAUAAUUAAGUUAUAUGUAUUGGAG